CAGACGGCUUGCUACUACUCGUCCGCUACCAAGGAGUAUCGUUGAUAUGUCUGAUUCUAUUGAUCGCGUGUUUGUGAAGGCAAUCUCAACAAUCCGUGCGUUAUCGACGAGAACAGGAGCUGGAUCUCUACCUCGUCCUCCAGUGGAGGCUAGAAUAAUGCUAUAUGGGUUGUAUAAGCAGGCAACUGAAGGCAAUGUUGAGGGUGUAAUGGACCGGCCUCUGGGGUCAAGACCUGAAGAUGAGAACGCUAAGCGCAAAUGGGACGCGUGGAAGUCUGAGGAAGGCUUAUCCAAAACUGAGGCUAAACGUCGAUACAUUUCUUAUCUCAUUGAAACCAUGAAGACAUAUGCUACUGGCUCCAAUGAUGCCAGGGAGUUACUUUCAGAGUUGGAAUACUUAUGGGACCAAAUAAAGGACAUUGAUCCUACCCCUACGCCUCCAAUGACACCAAGAGUGGCGAGCCAUUACAAUACAAGUCAGUAUAACGGAUCCAUGUAUGGUUCGACUGCGUACAUCAGUGGCGGAGGCGGGUACGACGACUUACAAUCAGAGCUGAGAGACGUUGCCAUAAUGAAGAGAGAAGUUGCGAUGGCACUACGGAAGGUGAGUCUAGAGUUGGAAAAGGUCAAAAAGGGCAAAGAGAGCAAAGAAUGGGAAGGGUUCAAGAGAAUGGUUAGAUUCUUGUGCAAUAUCAUUGGAGGUGUUCUCAAAAGACUCUUAGUGGACUUGAUGGUUGUCUUGAUGAUCUUGAAAUUCAUCAAGUUCAAACAAGGGCUGGAUCUGAACCUAAACAGCGAUGGUGAAGUGGUGCAUGGCUUGGUCAACAAGAGUCUACUGUGGAUCUUUAAGCUAUUAGACAAAUGUAAUUUGAUCGGGUGGAAGAAGAUACACAUCGACGUUCUGUGAAACACUCCAUAAUCUAACGUUAUACAUUCUCAAUUCAUUGGAAUACAAUAUAUAUAAAUGCCAUCAUAAUAG